AUGUACAGAUGCGAGACCUUCACAGACGAGGAAUUUUCUGAUAGUGAGAUGCAAACCAACGCCAACAACAACUUAGAUACGAAUGAACAAGAACAACUACGGGAAACCAGUAUAGCAGAACAACAAGAUCAAAAUAUAGAACCGUCCCUGGACCUAGACCUGGAGAGUGAGGGCAGUGAUACGGAGCAAACUGAGAGAGAGAGCAAAAAGAGGAGUAGGGAGAUAUUCAGCGACAGCGAAGAGGAGGAGGAACCAACACCGGCACAAGCAGAGGAUUCUCCCGUCAUAUCCGCAGAUAUAAGGCCCGCUGUCAAAAUCAAUCCGUUCGCCUCGAACAAAUCGCACACCCCUACACAGCUUAAGAAGUCCACUACAUUCUUUGACAACCUCAGCAAACUCGCUGAUAGAGGGACACCAAAAG